AUGAGGAUUGCUCUCAAACGCUCCUCCGCGACUCAUCCAUCAGUUAGGCUAAGAUUGCUGUCCAGAGAUGACGAUAAUGAAGAUGAUGAUGAAGCUGAUCUCCUUGAUGAUAAUGGUGAAAAUAAUGAUGCCAAUAAUGAUAGCAACGCCAGUGAUUACAUUGAUGCUGAUGACGAUGUUAAUGAAGGUGGAGGCAAAACGAACAAAAAUGAUGAUGAUGUUGAUAAUGAUGAUCAUGAUGGUGUUGAUAAGGAUGAUAAUGAUGAUGUUGAUGAUGAAAAACUUGCAAAUGAGAACACCAACGAUGAGUUGGACGAAGAGGACAAUCAUGAUGAAGGUGAUAAUCAUUUCAAUGAAGCUGAUGAAAGAGAAGAAAGCCCCAAAAACUACAAUGAAGAUGGUGUUGGUGCCACGAACCAUAAUGACGAUGACGAUGAAAAUAUUCCUCAUAACAGCAGCAAGACGAAAAAUUUCAAAGUUCACAGAAACAACAACAACUCAAACUUUUCAAGUCACAUCGUCAGUAAAUCGACAGGAAGUAAAGAAAACAACAACUGCAAACAAAACAACAAUCCCAACAACAUGAAAAACAUUUGCAACAACAAUAAAAAUUUCAACAACAAUAACAACAACAAAAACAGUAACAACACGAACAACAACAACAAUUUGAACAACACAGACAGCAAGAAACAUGGUUUAUUAAUGGACAAUCGGUACAACAACUACAACUGCAACAACAACAACAUCAACAACUGCAACAACAACAACUGCAACAACAACAACAACAACUGCAACUGCAAAAACAACUGCACCAACAUCAUCAACAACAACUGCAACAGCAACAACUGCAACAACAUCAUCAACAAAAACAUCGACAACAACUGCAACAACAUCAUCAACAAAAACAUCGACAACAACUGCAACAACAUCAUCAACAACAACAAUUGCAACAACAACAACAAAAUUAUCGACAACAUCAUCUGCCUGAACAAAAACAGCUCCUGA